CCAUCUCGCAUGGCAUCCCUUAGCAAGAUAGCCAUUAACUAAACUUAUGACUUAUUAACAAAUAUCUAGAUUGCCUUGUAUGCCGGUAGCCAGACAUUUCUACCUUUACCAGUCGGGUUGUCAAACGUCUUAAUACUGCCAGAAUUCCGUACCUAACCUUUGUCAAGUCAAUUUAUCAUACCAGAUGGUUCGAACUACCUACAUGUCAUAAUCACGCCAAAGUACGGCCAUGACUGUAGUAUACACGGUACCUUAGUAUAUGAUUUGGAGCUGAAAACGAACAUGUCGCCACGGGGCGAUGCUACGCCAAUUGCGCGUAUGUGCCAGGUCGGCGCCUACACUAUCCCUAGGUGGUGUAAUGCGGCUGAGGCUUGGCAACAUGAUAUAGUCGUUACAAGUCUAAAUUUUUAAUAUUCAAACUACUGCGCUUUAAAAUCCAGUUGCAUACUUUUUGCAUUGGCCUGUCAAUGUCGUUCCGUUUCCAACGCAUGAUGAUAUGACAGUUAUGACUACGUCGGACUAGAUUACUACUUGAGUGUUACUAUCUACAACUCCAAAAUGCAGAGUCUAUUCAGUUUCGCUAAUGAUGUUACUAAUGGCGUGCGAUUAGCAGCCGACACCGCGUUUUGGGUUGGGAACGCCAUCUCGCGACGUAGAGAAGGACGCAAGGCGGGUAUUUGUCUCGUCUGCAACAACCUACAGCCUUAUGGGCACGAAGAUACAUUUGGUCGACCCAGCACCGCAUGGAAUCAGCUUCGAAACCCUCAGCGGGCUACUCGCAAAAAGGAGCUUGGCUCUGUUCCUACUCUUGUCCUAGAAAAGAUAUCAACGAAGAAGAUCUUAGAGAGUCGUGAAGUCGAUCCUCAGACUGGUCGUCCUAAGAACGAUUGCAAGUACUGCCGGCUCCUUUGCGAAAUAUUUGACGCGUAUUUCAUCGACAAAUGGAUGAGCUGGAUUACGGAGACCAAAAAUGCCAUGCCGAUACAGGUCGGUCUCAUGAUUAGAGAAGGGGCACCUUUGAUAAUUAACUGCUGGAACUUCACGUACGAUAAAUGGUUUCAGAAUCCGAGGGUAGAUCUGGAGUUGUACAUGGACCCUAUGCCUCCAUCCCCUAUUCCAGGAGCCCCCACAAUGGGACCUGUAGGCCCUCGUGCAGCAGAUGUCCGGUCUGAAGAAUGCAUAAGGUUUAUGAAGGAAAGCAUUAAUGAAUGUUGUAGAGCACAUCCCGGGUGUGCCACACAUCCAAAUGGCUUCAUUCCGACAAGGUUAAUAUACGUUGGUGGAGGGAAGAACGCGCUCAGACUCUGCGAUAAUAAUCCUUCAGGGGGGGAUAUUACGUGGGCAGCGUUAAGUCAUUGUUGGGGUGGUGGUAAGCCGCUAUCAUUGACAAAAUCGGUUCUGAGUAACCUGAAAGAGCAUAUUGAUUUCUCAGAGUUACCGCCUACAUUUCAAGAUGCAAUUACUGUUACCCAGGAGCUUGGAUUAGCAUAUGUUUGGAUAGAUUCCCUUUGUAUCGUUCAAGACGACAAGACAGACUGGGAGAAGGAGGCAGCUCUCAUGGGUGAGGUAUAUAGCCGCGCGUUUAUUGUUAUUAGUGGCGCCUCUUCGCCAAACCCUAGCACGCCGUACUUACGACCUCGAGAAGAAGAAUGGCAUCCGAAGCAAUUUGAUUUUCCUAUCGCACCCGGUGCUAAUAUACCUAUCAUGGUCCGACAGCGACAUCUCCUGGCAGCGCCGCUUGACCAAGGACUACUCGAGCCGCCUUUCACGGGUUCGUGGGCCACGUUGAAGAAAGUUGGCCCCCUUUAUGCGCGUGGAUGGUGCUUUCAAGAAUCAUUCCUCGCUCCACGGAUCCUCAACUUCGCUCCAGGUGCUAUCAUAUACGAAUGUCGGACGCACAGGAAGAGCGAAGAUCAGCUACCUCCUUAUCCGUCCACAGUCCCUGGCUCACUGGGCGAAGUAACUCCCUUGGAACAGUGGCAUAUGAUUGUCAAAUCAUACACUUCGCGCCAAUUAACGUUCACCAGUGACAAGCUCCCGGCCAUAGCCGGCGCUGCUACUAUUAUGCCGCAGGUAAAGACCAGUAAAUAUCUUGCCGGCCUAUGGAGCGAGUCUCUACUUUUAGAUCUUCUUUGGCAAAUAAUGCCAGGCCGCGCACAUCUACCACUAAUGACGAAGGAACACGAAGAGAAUGCGCCAACGUGGUCAUGGGCGUCGAUGAACUGGGGCGUAACUUGGAGCCCAAUGCAGGAUCCGCAGCUUCUCGCCUCUGUGACCGAUGCCCGGACAAAUGUAGUAGGGGCCAACCCUUACGGGCAAGUAUCGGGGGGCACCGUCACUCUCCGAGGCCGAAUCAAGUAUUGUCGACUUUCGGCCGAUUACCAUAAGAAUGAGCACUGGGUUUACUACCGAAAGGGCGAGGGCACUUACAGCCGAAAGCAGCACUUCCGAACUGAUGGUGCCUUAGAGUCAUGGACCGUACCUGGUCAGACUGACCCCUCUGCGCGCCGGUCGCGAGUCACAACAUCUGGAAAUGCGUUGGAGACGGGGGCGGCUUUUUUCUGUAUUGCAAAGUGUCACUGGAUGAAGAGCGAUCAUAUGGGUUUGAUAUUGGGCAUGUCACCAAGGUUUCCUGGGUAUAUGGAGAGGGUAGGGGCCAUUUCCAAUGUGCCCAAGGAUUGGUACGACACUGGCGUAGACGCCACAAUAACUAUAGUAUAGAUGGGGUGAUGGUGUGUAGCAGGCAAGUCUAUGACGAGUAUAACGUUAUGGGGUGGAAGUGUGCUUAGACCAUGAGGAGAUAGAGGCCGGAAUGUUCUGAAACCGGGAUUCAUGCUCAACUCUUCUCCAUAACCGGCCAGAGCAAGCCAUCAGAUGACUAUAUAUAGGGUAAGAAGCAAAGGAGAAGAUUUCCAUCAAUCUCAGUACAACACUCCUAUACUUUUGCAGAAUAGCUAGCAAAUGUACCUAAUAUUUCUACAUUAGUAUUGUAGUGACAACUAGUCUCAAAUUUAGAUAAGCCAACCGCCGAGGAAAGUUGCCUGUAUCCGAGUGGCUUCUAGUUGCGUCACUUUACCUAGUGUAUGCCGCCCCGGCAACAUAUUAUAGAACGUGGCGGCCUAUUAGAGAAUCCCAAUCGAAAAGCCU